AUGACUCACAAGAGUCAGACCACUGCUUUGGAGGAAGCUCCGUCUGUAAUCAUGUGUGAAAAUGAAACGACGGAGAAGAACCCUACAAUGAUCCAGCCAGGGAUGGAUGAUGCUCUUCAAAUGGCCAUUGAUGGCCAAGACGAGACAUGGACUGAGCAGGAAGAACGCCGGGUUUUGCGGAAGAUCGAUAUGGUCCUUGUGCCACUGCUGUUCCUUGGCACGGUCGUAGGCUACGCUGAUGGUCAGGCUUAUGGAUUCGCAGCUCUAUUCGGCUUGGUCAAGGACCUCAAAUUGUUCACUCCGACCCUUGUUGAUGGGCAGGUGGUAUUGGACACCACAAAGUAUCAGCUUUCUUCUGGCAUAUCGUCACUCGGUGGAGUAGUGGUGAGUCAUCCGAAUAAAUCUCCUGAGGGUUGCGCAAACAAUUGA